AUGAGCUUCAUCGCUUCCAGAAACGCUCUCAGAGCUCAGCUCAAACCAUCUUUCGCUAGAACUUUCGCUUCUACCCCCUCAGCUUUCGCUCCCAGUCUCAAAGAGCGAUUGACCGAAUUGAUCCCAAAGGAAAUCGAGAAUGUUAAAGCUGUCAGAGCCGCUCACGGUAACAAGAGUUUCGGUGAGGUUACCGUCGACCAAGCUUACGGUGGUAUGAGAGGUAUCAAGGGUUUGAUCUGGGAAGGAUCCGUACUUGAUGCUGAAGAAGGUAUCCGAUUCAGAGGACUUACCAUCCCUGAAGUUCAACAAAAGCUUCCUACCGCUCCAGGUGGUACUGAACCCCUUCCUGAAGGUCUCUUUUGGCUUUUGGUCACCGGUGAAGUCCCAACUGAAGAACAAGUCAAGGGACUCUCUCAAGAAUGGGCUGCCAGAGCUGAACUUCCUAAAUUCGUUGAGGAGCUCAUCGACCGAUGCCCUAACACCCUUCACCCAAUGACCCAAUUCUCCAUCGCCGUCAACGCUCUUAACCACGACUCCGCUUUCGCCAAAGCUUACUCUAACGGUGUCCACAAGAGAGAAUACUGGAAGACCACUUUCGAUGACUCUAUGGACCUCAUUGCCAAACUCCCCAACAUCGCCGGUCGAAUCUUCAGAAACGUCUACGGUGAUGGUAAACUCCCAGCCAUCGACCAAAACCUCGAUUACUCUGCCAACUUGUCCAACUUGCUUGGUUUCGGUGAGAACAAGGAUUUCGUCGAUCUCAUGAGAUUGUACAUCACCAUCCACUCUGAUCACGAAGGUGGUAACGUUUCUGCCCACACUGGUCACUUGGUCGGUUCAGCCCUCUCUGAUCCUUUCCUCUCAUUCGCUGCUUCCCUUAACGGUCUUGCCGGUCCUCUCCACGGUCUCGCCAACCAAGAAGUACUCCGAUGGGUCCAAAAGAUGCAAGCUGCCAUCGGUAAAGAGCCAACCGACGAACAGGUCGCUGAAUACGUUUGGUCAACUCUUAAAUCUGGACAAGUCGUUCCAGGUUACGGUCACGCCGUUUUGAGAAAGACCGACCCUCGAUACACUGCUCAAAGAGAAUUCGCUCUUAAACACCUCCCCAACGACCCAGGAUUCAAACUUGUUGGUCAAAUCUACAAAAUUGUUCCUAACAUCUUACUCGAAGCUGGUAAAGCCAAGAACCCAUGGCCUAAUGUCGAUGCUCACUCUGGUGUACUCUUGACUUACUACGGUCUUCACCAACAAGAUUUCUACACUGUCUUGUUCGGUGUCUCAAGAGCUUUCGGUGUCGUUUCUCAAUUGAUCUGGGACAGAGCUCUUGGUAUGCCCCUCGAAAGACCCAAGUCAUACUCCACUGAAGCUAUCAAGAAGAUGUUCGAAGGUAAAUAA